AUGACAGCAGCACCAAAGUCUGAAGACAAAACAUCUGUAUCUACGGCAGGACCUACAGAGUUUGUCUCCGCACCUAGGCAAGAAGACAACAACAAUACUCGGAAACACGUCAUUGUGACAGAUGUAAGAUGGGAGCCGAUAGUUUACGUCACCAUUGCCAUAGUCAUCCUUGCAGCAAUCAUAGUUGCCGUUUGCUGCAUCGUAAAGACAUUACGAAGACGACGGUCUGAUACAUCACAUGGACUUCCGCCCCUACAGACAACGUUAGCAGGGAAGACACCCAUAGUAUCGUUUGUACAUGUAGGAAAACCAAAAGGAAAGGAAAGUCCCCCCACCGAGCCUGACCAAGUAGGCUUCGAGACCCACCACACCCAUGCUGCUGCUGCUGCAAGACAGACAACUUCCACUAGGAGAAACCCGUUAGCAAUGACCCGUUUGGGUACUCCAACUGUGCCGAGACUUAGGAGAACAAAAUCACGACAAAACGACGAUGAACUACGCCGCCGCCCCGGCACCCUAAAUGAUGUCGAACUCAUCGUGGACGACAUCGGCGGCACCUGGAGGCACCUGGGCCGGGACCUGGGCUUCUCUGACGGCCGGCUGGACGGGUUUCAGAAUGACUACCCCCUACAGCUGAGGGAAGCCGUGUUUCAGAUGCUGCGCACGUGGAUAGAGGAGAGGAGAGGGGACGUAACAUUAGGGAGACUCAUGGACGCUUUGAACAAUGCGGGGAAACCGGAGCUGGCUGAGGCUCUACUUGAACAAACAUCAUAGCAUACUGACACAUACUGUUUGAAAU